GUGGUAGGCAGUAUGGAUGCUCAUCCCAGCAGAUAUUGUGCCACAGUGCGAGUCCAGAGACCCAGGCAGGAGAUCAUUGAAGAUCUGUCUUACAUGGUGCGUGAACUGCUAAUUCAGUUCUACAAAUCGACCCGGUUCAAGCCCACCAGGAUCAUUUUCUACAGAGAUGGAGUUCCUGAGGGACAGUUGCCACAGAUUCUGCACUAUGAGCUCUUGGCUAUCAGAGAUGCAUGCAUCAAGUUGGAGAAAGACUAUCAGCCAGGCAUCACCUAUAUUGUGGUGCAGAAACGCCAUCACACACGCCUCUUCUGUGCUGACAAGUCUGAAAGGAUUGGGAAGAGUGGGAAUAUUCCUGCAGGGACUACAGUGGACACCAGCAUCACUCAUCCCUUUGAGUUUGACUUCUACCUGUGCAGCCAUGCAGGCAUACAGGGUACCAGCCGGCCGUCUCAUUACUACGUUUUAUGGGACGACAAUCGUUUCACGGCUGAUGAGUUACAGAUUCUAACUUACCAGUUGUGCCACACUUACGUGCGUUGUACCCGCUCAGUCUCCAUCCCUGCGCCAGCCUACUAUGCUCGUCUUGUGGCCUUCCGUGCCCGCUACCAUUUGGUGGACAAAGAACAUGACAGUGGAGAGGGUAGCCACGUGUCGGGUCAGAGUAACGGUCGGGACCCCCAGGCUCUGGCUAAAGCUGUUCAGAUUCACCACGACACCCUGAGGACCAUGUACUUUGCCUGAGCUACACCAAACAUCACCACCAUCGAUCCCUCCCACCUUAUUUCUACCUGAGUGGGCACAUGGCCCACCACCACCUCAUCCCCAUCCCUUAUUCCCAAUGACUUCCCACCACACAUAACUUCACUUGCCAGUCAUUUACCCAAAUCCAAGAAUCAUAAGGCCCUUCACCUGUAAAACACAGGCAGACUCUACAGCCUCAUGCACUCAAAAGGUUUUGAAUAUUAUUAUUAUUAUUAUUAUUGUUGUUGUUAUUAUUAUUAUUGUCAUUUUGUUGUUUUUACUUUACCAGGACUAUUUCUCUUUUUAUGUUGAAUUUUUAAAACGUGGGUAUUAUGUAAUAGUAUUGAACCCUACCUUCACUCUCCUGUGUAUGUAAGUAUGCAAUAUGGAUGGGAGGAAAAUAGGCGAUAAAAAGAAAAAAAAAUCUCAAAAAACUUUUUUAACUGCCACCACGAUGCUGCCUCUUUACCCAGCCGAAUGCUGGAUGCUGGUGUUCCAAGCCCCUUUAGUAUGGGGAUCCUCCAGAGGGGUGGUACUGGGCACGCACACUUACAUGCAUCAUUUUAUCGUUGUCAUGAACUACAUUCAUGUUUUCAAUGUUUUUGAAUAAUGUUAUUUUUUUAAACAGCCUUGAGGUGUCUGAGGUAUGGUACAUUAGCACUUAGUGUUAGCAUGUAGGUGCCACCAGUCCUGCACAUAAGGGUUUGUUAGUACAUGUAAGACUAGCACUCUGGUCUUUAUUAGACAGAAGGAGCAGGCGUAGCAUAUCGUAGAUCCAGGAGAGAAGUCCUGCCGCACUCUUUGUGCUGGUUGGCCCGUCCCUGAGAGAUUUAGCCUAUAGAGGCAAGCUUAGCAUAACAAUAGAGGGACCAUUUACAUAGAGUGUAUCAAAUAUACUUGCACCCCAUGCACCUGAACCAGCAUUAUUAACCAGCCAAAAGUGAUGCCAACCAAUGAAAAAGGCACACUUAAACAGGAAGAUAAUCUGUUAUUCCUGUAUGUGUUGCUCUUUUAGGACUUACAAGGCACUUUUAAAAAAAUGUACUUAUUGAUUUAUUUUACUUGGUGAGACUUGUCUGUGCUGAGACUUGACACAGACUACUCUGAUGUUUUCUCACACACACACACUUGCAUAGCUGUCAGAACUAAGAGGUAACUAAGGCAAUAGGCAAGGUAAACACUCCGAAGAUUUGAAUGCAGGCAAAAAAUAAAGUCUGCGAUCACUCAAGUGCUGCAAAGCUGAACUCUCAUUCAGCAAUUGACCUUGCUCCGAUCAUUCUGCACAUUCCAACAUGUAUCAGUGGAGACGUGGACACGCUUCUUUGCAUACCUAUACACACACCUAUCCCCAUUUUUACACAAAGCUCUUCCCUUGCAGGCAUUUACAACUCAAAGCCUGGAUAGCAGAAGCACACAUCUCUACCCACUCAGUCUCUUUCUUAGCAUGUAGAGACCAACUUCUUCAAAUGCACUUGUCCCCUUACUUCCUUCCAAGCCAAACUAUCACACAGCACCCUUUCCAUCAUCACAUUGUAUCCUUCCUGUUCUCACUUUUAACAUCACAUACCUGCAGCAUCCCCUGCCCCAAUCCCCUAGCUUGUGUUAGCCAAUCCCUUUUGGUGCUCUGUGUGCAUGGGCGGCACAGAUAGGGGAUUGCUACAUUGGACAGGGUGGGCCAUUAUUACUACUACUAAAUAUGCCCUGCCUUUGACAUCUAGUCACUUUCUGGAUUUAGGAAAAAAUGCAUGUAAUUAUUUUUUAUGACUGGAUAUUCUGAGCCACCUUAUUUUGGUUUCCUUAGAGGUAGGAGCUUUGCGCUCACCACUGCCUGUCAGUUGUUUUGCCUCGAUUGUGUAAUGGUUAUACAGACUGCUUUUUCCUUUUGUCAUUAUUAAUAUGAAAAUUGUGACUAGUGUCAGAGUGUAUCCUCAAGAGGGCACUGUGGAGACUGUCUCAAAAUUCCACCUCAGUUGCCCUUUAAGCGCCUCAAAUCUUGUCUGAUGGUCAGAGCCCCUUUGAGCUGAAAGGGAUCAAAAAAUAAGAGAUCAGAUGAGUUUGAUUUUUAAAUCAUGUUUAUUAACUUGCAUAAUCAAUAUGCCUUUGUACACCGUUUUACUGAUCCUUCAUUGUGUCCAAGGUGAUUUGUAUAUAUAAAUAUAUAAUAUUAACCUGUUAUGUAUUUUGGCUCACCGUCUGCCGGGCCUUUCACAGUUGGGGCCAGUGUUUAAUCCCUCAUUCUGUGCUAAAAAAAGGAGAAAAAAAAAAAACUCACUGAAGCCACAAAGCACCUUGCAAAGGGGGAAGACGAAAUGGCAGUCACCCUGGAAAUGCAUCAUGUGGACAAGGGAGAGUCCACUCCUCUCCACACAGCCUCACUGUCUGACUAAGCAAUAUUGAAGCCACUGAUCAAGAACAGUCCUUGUCAUAGCACUUCCCAGUAGAUUUGAAUGAAAGGACAUGGAAGCAUAUUAAUUUGGCUCUGUAUGUGAUAGAAUGGGAACUCUGUUGGGGAGGGUUAUUUUUUAAAGAAAAUAAAAUUGUUUUUUAUUACC